GCAAAAUCAAUACUGAGCCAUUGUAUUCUAUAAUGGCUUCCCUUAUUCCAGCUGCUCCUAUUGAUCAUGAAAUUAAACCGUGUCCAACAUCAAUGCUCCAACAAACUGUCCUAGAUAUUGAAGCCCCAUUGGAGGACAAUGAGAAGAAAGAGAAGGGAAUCUGCUUGACUUGGAAGGAUCUAUGGGUGAGUGCCUCCAUGGGAAAGCAUGGAAGCAAACCAAUUCUUCAGGGUCUAACUGGUUAUGCCAAGCCAGGGAAGCUCUUGGCUAUCAUGGGACCCUCUGGUUGUGGAAAAUCUACACUUCUUGAUGCUUUAGCAGGUAGAUUAAGCUCAAACAUAAAACAAACAGGGGAGAUUCUGAUCAAUGGUAACAAACAAGCACUGGCAUAUGGAACCUCGACAUAUGUCACACAAGAUGAAAUCUUAAUGACAACCUUAACAGUUAGAGAAGCAGUGCAUUAUUCAGCUCAACUUCAAUUGCCUGAUACCAUGUCCAAGGAAGAGAAGAAAGAGAGAGCAGACUUCACAAUCAGAGAAAUGGGUCUGCAAGAUGCCAUUAACACAAGAAUUGGAGGUUGGGGAAUUAAAUUUUGUGACUGUUUUUUUGCUUCAAAUGGUUUUCCUUGUCCUACCCUCCAGAAUCCAUCUGAUCAUUUACUUAAAACUAUAAACAAGGAUUUUGAGCAGGACAUUGAGGUGGGUUUAGCUGGGACUAGAACAAUACCCACAACAGAAGCAAUCGAUAUCCUUCUGAGCUCAUAUAAAUCAUCUAAAUGGAACCAAGAAGUUCAGAAUGAAGUAGCAAUACUAUCGGAAAAGGAUACCAAUCCAACAUACAAGAGGAGAGAGCAUGUUGGCUUCCUUAAUCAAUGCUUAGUUCUUACCAAAAGAUCAUCUGUCAACAUGUUUCGCGAUAUAGGCUAUUACUGGUUCCGCCUUGUCGUAUAUAUUGCAUUGGGUUUAAGUAUAGCCACUGUCUUCUAUGAUCUUGGUACAACAAAUGGUUCAAUUAAGGAUAGAGUUUCACUCAUCAUGUUCGUGUCUUCAUUCAUAACUUUGAUGACCAUUGGUGGAUUCCCUUCCUUUGUGGAAGACAUGAAGGUAUUUGAACGUGAAAGACUAAAUGGGCAUUAUGGUGUUACUGCAUAUGUAAUUGGGAACACCUUUUCAUCUAUUCCAUACUUUUUGCUGAUUACAAUAAUUCCUGGAGUUAUAACUUAUUACCCUCCUGGUCUUCGAAAAGGAUAUGAGCACUUUCUGUAUUUUUUUUUUGUUCUGUUUUCUUGUCUAAUGAUAGUAGAGAGCCUUAUGAUGACAGUUGCAAGCAUUGUUCCAAACUUUCUAAUGGGUAUCAUAACUGAUUCUGGAAUUCAAGGAAUCAUGAUCUUAGGUGGAGGGUUCUUCAGAUUGCCAAAUGAUCUUCCUAAGCCAUUUUGGAGAUAUCCAUUGCACUAUGUUGCCUUUCAUAGGUAUGCAUACCAAGGAAUGUUCAAAAACGAGUUUAAAGGACUAAAAUUUGCUACAAAUACUGAAAUUGGUGAUGGUGGCUCAUCAUCUAAUUACAUUAGUGGUGAAGAGAUUCUGAGAAAUGCAUAUCAAGUGAAUAUGAGUUACUCAAAAUGGGUUGAUCUUGGAAUCUUGCUGGCCAUGAUUGUUCUGUUUCGAGUGCUAUUUUUGGUGAUAAUCAAAGCCACUGAGUAGGUAAAACCCAUUGUUGUAUCAUCCUUGUCAGCGCCUCCCAAGCAAUCGAUUCAGAUCAUGGAGAACCCAAAUGCAACUCCUUGAAUGUUUAGUUUGGUCUACAUAACUUCCACAAGAUAAGGUAAAACCCUAGGUCAAGUAUUGUAAUUUGUAUCGGCUAUGAUGCUUAGAUUAUAAUGAUGUAAUUGAAGUGUAAUAAAAUAAUAAGGGUGAUGAAUAUAUCACUUUGUGGUGGUUUACCCACACAAAA